UCCCCACAAUUCAGCGAAGUGCUAGUACUGUGAUUUGUGUGGGGAUGCCAUGGCGCUUAUUUGGACUGUCUGACCGGGUUGUAGAUAAAUCACGAGUUCAUAUACGGCUCUAACAAAUACGGAUUUCAUCGAAACUGAAAAUGGGAUCUCGGAUAAAGGAGAGCCCAGAGUCGACAUUUGAGGUGUAUGUAGAGGUCACCCGCCCCGAGACAGCAGGAGAUCCAGAGGUGCACCAGCAGUUCCCAGAGGAUUUCUCAGAUCAGGCAACCCUACGGGCAGUCUCCAGGUUCUGCUUCCCUUUCAGUGCAGACAGUCUGACAGUGGGGUUUCUGGGACAGAACUUCACCUUUGUGCUGACGGACAUCGAGAGUAAGCAGCGCUUUGGGUUCUGCCGCCUGUCAGGGGCCCAACGCUGCUUCUGCUUCCUGAGCUACCUCCCGUGGUUUGAAGUGUUCUACAAGCUCCUCAAUGUUGUUGCUGAUUACACCAUCAAAGGCCAGGAUGGCCAGCAGAGGGAGCUGUUGGAAACAUUGUACACUCUCCCUAUCCCUGAGCCCGGUGUGCCUGUUCAUCUCAGUGUGCAUUCUCACUUCGUUGUGCCUGACAUCCGGCAACUUCCCAGCAUUCCUGAUAACAGAAGCCUAACAGAGUAUUUUGUAGCAGUAGACGUCAGUAACAUCCUCCAUCUGUAUGCUAGUAUGCUUUUUGAACGGCGAAUCCUCAUCUGCUGCACCAAGCUAAGCACUUUAACCUCCUGUAUCCACGGCUCGGCGGCCAUGCUGUACCCCAUGUUUUGGCAGCACGUGUACAUCCCAGUCCUCCCUCAGUACCUCAUAGACUACUGCUGUGCUCCCAUGCCCUACCUCAUUGGAGUGCACUCCAGCUUAAUGGAGAAAGUGAGAGGAAUGAUGCUGGAAGACGUGGUGAUCCUCAACGUCGACACCAACACUCUGGAGACUCCAUACGAUGAUCUCCAGUGCCUGCCUAAUGAUACGGUGUCAGCCCUGAAGAGCAGACUUAAGAAAGUCUCCAUGGCGACGGGUGAUGGGGUGGCCCGGGCCUUCCUCAAGGCACAGGCGGCCCUGUUCGGCAGCUACCGGAGCGCCCUGCAGAUGGAGCCGGGGGAGCCAAUCACGUUCAACAAGGAAGUCUUUGUGUCCCAUCGCUCCAGUACCAUGAGAUACUUCCUGCAGAAUGCUACACAACUGCAGCUCUUCAAACAGUUCAUCGACGGGCGUCUGGAGCUGCUGAAUUCUGGAAUAGGUUUCAGCGAUGUGUUUGAGGAGGAGAUCAGUGCGGGAGAGUACGCAGGUAGUGACAAGAGCUACCACCAAUGGCUCUCCACAGUGAAGAAAGGCAGCGGUGCCAUAUUUAACUCGGUGAAAACAAAGGCCAACCCCGCCAUGAAGACAGCCUACAAGUUUGCAAAAGAUCACGCUAGGAUGGGGAUCAAAGAGGUGAAGAGUCGUUUGAAACAAAAGGAGAACGGCUACAUGACAGCGACCAGAGAGGGUCAAGAGCAGGCAACGAGGCCGCUUCCUGAGGGCAGGAAGUACUCUCAUCCAUGUGCCCAGCAGCAGUCAAUCACAGAGCACUUAGGACAGCAGGCCUGUCCUUCCCAGCUGGUGGUGAACAAGCUCCCAGCUAACGCGGCCCAGGACAGCAGCAGCACUGAGCAGCUGCGACCCUGCGUUUCACUGAUGGAUGUAGGGCUUACGCAGGAGGAGGAGCCUCGGGAGGAGCAGAGGGCGGAGUCUAGCCAGAGGCACUCGGCCCCGCACAGCCUGAUGCCAGCGAAGGCUGCGGAGGCAGACCUUCUGGGCAAUAUCUUCUGGAGCCUGGAGGGGGAGCCAGAGAGCUUGCUCCCGAAGAGUCUUGUGGACCUACAGCAACUCGGAGGUGCUGAAGAGCAGCAGGCCAGCAUCAAAGACCAGGUUUCCGGGCGUGAUGGUGGUUGGGAGGAUUUCCAGCAGAUCCUGAGCAUGCCCCCCAUGCUCCCCCAGUGUGUCGGGCCUGGCAACGACGUCACCAAGCAAGUCGCUGUUGGCAACGGGAGCGUGGACCUGCUCAGCCUGCUAGACCCACUGAAGAGCUCACCUAACCCAGAGGCCCCGCCCCCGAAGAGCGCUCCUUCCCUUUGCCUGUUCCCCCUCAACCCGCCCACCUUUUCUUCUGUUCCCCGCAUCCCUUUCUCCCAAAGUCAGCACCACGCCCCUACAGGAGUCCCCCACGGACACUACACACCGACUGCUGCCGCAUAUCCGCCGCACCUUCGACUGUCGGGUUACGCCCCCUACGCCCCUUCAGCCCCGCCCACGGGGCGUGGCCUCUCGCGGCAGAACCCCUCCCUCCCUGGCCUCAUCCAGAUGCCCUUGGUUAUUUCGACACCCCCCCGGGGCACCGUGCCCCCACCGGCUCGGGAUCCGUUUGGGGACUUGCUAGAUGCAAGCAAGCCAGCGGCCCCUCCUGAUGCGAAACAGUGGGCGAAUUUCAACUGACUCUGCCCCACUUACACCACUGCUAUGACUGGGCUGACCCACAUGGACCACAGGGAGAGAAUCGAGCAGGUCACACCCAACAGCUCCCAGGCCUUCUGGGAACUGUAGUCUAGUGACAGCAGAGCAAGGCUUCCUCAACAAUGCAUUAUGUGCAGCUACUGCCAGAUUCAAGUCUCAGCUCCUAUUCUCCCUGCUUCUUUAAUAAGGAGGGUUCCAGUUGGUAACAGGAGUUUCUGGUGCUGUAUUACUGUACAGAACAUCCAUUGCCACUAUAGUGUGUUUAGUCAUUUAGUCAUGUCUCUUAAUGAAUUUUCAGAGACUUUUCUUAAUGCUUAAACUCAUUGGGGUUUUAUCUGCUCUGUGCGCAGAGACCAACAGCAAUCUGCAGGCCUUCACUUCAGAGCUCCGCAGAAGCAGAGAGACUUUGCGUUCUCAAAUCAUCGGCUGUUUUAAAAUAUAACAGUUGAGCAGACUCUCAAAUUCUCCUGUUUUUCAGUCUGCUUGAUGAGUUUUUUUCAGGGUGGAGCAGAGAGGUUUUUUGUCCUCUGUCAGGGACUGAGCCAGAACAUUCUUUAACUGUAAGUGGACUUUCUGGUGAGCAGACUGGAUUUUUGUCAAACAAUGUGCGAAAGUCGUUUUCAGGUUCAAGCAAUGGCAUUUUACGUGUUUCACUGCCUCAACAUGUAUUACAGAACUUCAUUUUUUGAAGUUCAUUUUAAUACCAAAUGAAGGAAAAAUACUGAGACAAAUUACUUUCAUUGAUUGUAUGAAUAGAUAUAUGCAAUCUUUACAUUGUUCUGUAGGAUUUGUUUAGCAAGAGGAGAUUGAACUUGCUCAUUGCCAAACAGAUCUGAUAUUUAAAAAGAAACAAACUGCAAACCAAACAGACCACAGGGAUCGAUGUUUUGUAAAACUGAAUGUCAAAAAUAUUAUGAUUUAUUUGUGAGUGUAUUUCAUUUGGUAGGAAUAUUAGAUUUUCUUUGAGGUCCAAGGCAGGAGAGCUGAUGUACCUGGAACAAAGCAAACACUAGGUAGCGGUGAACAUUAGCAAACUUUGUCAGUUUAGAUUUGUUUGAAAAACAUCAGCUGUCCUGGCUGCCAUAUGUUUGCAGCAUUAACAAUGUGAUAUCUUCAGUUAAUCUUCAUUUUGAAUUUGAAUUCAAGGCUGCACUUUCCUCACAGAACUGAUCUCAGAAAAGCGCCAAAGAGCAGGAUCAGAAGAGGCCCUGGGCCUGAACUGUUUCCCUGGGCAGCUCUCAGCUCAGGACCCAGAAACACAAGAAGCACUGAAAUUAGGAAUCUGUCGUUUUCAUUAUACAAGCUGCCAAACCAAAAUAAUGCUUGAAGUAUUUAAAAAAACAAUCUUAUUAAAUGAAGAUUUAUGACAAUGAUCAUGUGAGUUAUAACUCCCCAUCCCUUUUCCACUACAUACUGUGUCCAAUAAAUGUCAACUUUGUUCUGUC